CGGUACAGCGCCACGCCGCUUAUCCCCUCGUGCUUCAGCGCGGCCCCGAGUUUCGUGACGCGGGUGUGAUGCCCGUGAGCUGACGAUGUCACCUCGUGAACGCGCAGGCGCAGCAAUGGCCGCUCUAUAUCGGCGAAAUCCUAAUGUCGACGAUUUUGUCGGAUUAAACUGGAGUUGUUGGGUAGAUAGGGUGAAUAUUUUACCAUCUGACGCUGGGUCUAAUGUUGAAGACGGCAGCAAGUGGGGGAGGAACCGAUCUGAGACCAUGACCCUCAGGAAAGAAGAUAUGCACAUAUAUGGCCACUGCCCUGCACACGAUGAUUUUUAUUUGGUGGUGUGCAGCCACUGUGGCCAGGUGGUGAAGCCUGAGGCCUUCGAGAAACACUGUGAGAGGCGUCAUGGACCGCUCACAAAGACGUGCGGCCAGUCAUCUACUGUGGCUCCAGUGCAGCGACCUGUCCCGGGCCGGCCUCCUUCAAACAUUUCCUUCUCUAGAGAGGGGCAGAAGGGUGGCAGACAUCAUGAGGGUGGUGCCCCAUCCUCAGACGCGUUACCUGUCCACCAGCUCUGGCCUAGCAAGGCCCGGAGGGAGGCAGUGAGUUUGCCUUUAGUGGAGAAGUUCCCUCAGGAGAACCCGCACCGCUCUUCGUCCACACCUUGCGUCCCGCACUUGGGACCCCUGCCCUCUGGCCUCUGUUCCUCCUCCACUCUGCCGUCAGAGAGACCCUCUGUGCAGACGUCCACAGCUGGACAGUCUGUCAGUCCCUUGCGGGGAAAGAGAACCUACAGUCGGAUUUAUAAAAACAUAGACAAGAAAGAAUGUGACCUGAACAAACACUGCAGAGUUCUGGAUCCAGAAAGGAAGAAGCUGGGGAGCUGGGAGUUUAUAUGCAAUACUGAUUCCAUCCACCAGCAGCAGAAAGCACUGGGAAGUGCCAAGACUUUUGAUCAGUUGGCAGGGGAGCAGAGAACCGCCCCAGCAGGACGAGAUAUGGAGCAGCUUCUUGUCAAAUUAAAAGACAAAGAGCAACAUUUGGAAACUUUUGAAGAGAAAAUAACAACUCAGGGCAGUAGAUACAACUUCAACAGCAACUGCCACAUCCUCAGGAAGGCCAGGGCUCCACAAGAAAGCUUUCCAGAAGAGGAAGGUGACAGCACUGUAGCAGUGCAGGUACAGCCUCCCUAUCCUUUCAACCAGAGCCUGCUCUCAAGUGAGGAAAGUGAAGACGACGAGCAGGAGGAAGCCCCAGACCUGCCUGCCUCACCCUGGCACCCCAAACCUCUCCGGCUAUGCACUUUUGGAUGCCAUACUUUGGGUUGCAGCAUCUUCACCUUUGACCGCCGUUUGCAUCACCUGCGGUUUGCCCUCAGUGCCAUGUUGGAGCACCAUGUCAGCACGCACUUGUGGAAGAAAAUGCCUCAAGUAUCAUCAGGUCUCAGGUCUUGUCAUGUCACACCACCAACUGUGAGGACUGCAGCUAGACCCUCUCAGUUUACUGGCUCCAUUAGCCUUGAGUCGACCUCACUGGGGCAACUGGAAACCAAAAGCAGUCAGCAAAACUCUCAAAGUACCAAACCGCCUUCUACCACCUCCUCUGCGAGCCUUGGGUGUGGCCAAUGGCGCAACCCCGUUGGACGACCCAGCAAGGCUCAGCCGAAGGAGGUGGCGCUUAUGCAAGAUGCAAGCGCAGCACAGAGAGCUACCAGGCUGCAACACAGCCGUGAGGACAAAUCCUCCAGAUACAUCCGGGAUCCCCCCCUCCAUGAGAAGGGCCAGCCACACAUCCCGUCCUCUCAAGGACCAGCCAGUGGUACCUUCUUACACGGAAAGAAGCCAUGUCCUGCUCCGCCACUAAAGCCCUCAGAGGGACACUUGUCAAGUUUGGAGAAGCGUUCCCCUUUACCUGCAGCAAUAAGCAAUCGCUCCCCCCGCAGCAGUGGGGCGCCCCCGGGAAUUCAGCAGAAGGUGGUGGGUUACGAUCACAAGGGUCGUGGCCAAAAGCGUAAAGACAGCAAUGAGUCACCGCCCCUCAGCUCCUCACUAUCCAGAACUUCCAAGUGUAAGCGGUUGUCCUCUCCUUCCCACUCCAGCCUCCUCACCUGGAAAGGAAAGAACAUUGGGGAUGUGUUUCCCUGGGGCCUGGAGAAAAAAUCCAACUCUUAAAGAGCGGGAAGCCUCUCUUGCUCUACAUGCAAUAGGCUACAGAUCAUCAGGGUUUUUUUGAUGAUGCAGAUCUAGCCCCGUAAGCCUGAAAAGACGUGUGUCGUACGAGUGUCUGAAUGUGCUUCGAGGUAUUUAUGUGUGUUUGUCCACAUUUAUUUAUGUCUUCACAUUUUUAUGCACAGAAAUCAGGAAUAAUUGUUUGUUUGCAUAUUACUGUAUGUAUUUAUUUUUGCAAAAUGUCUACUUUUCUAUAUAACUAAAUGUCUCAGUUAAUUACCUGUGUAAGAGCAUAAACAUACCUCAAAAUACUCACUAUGCUGCUAAAAUGAAAAGUCACUUCAUGGCAAAACAAAUAAAAUACCUUGAAUCCUUA